AUGAGCUCACUCGGAUCCGGAGUUGGGACGAUUUGGCCGGCGGAGGUCCUGUCCGGAGUGGGGAUCGAAGAGGAUUGCGACAGAGGGAUCGAGAUGGAAAACCAAUUAGAGCCUUCUCCCGUCUGGGCUAACGUCACCACAGCCGAGCGAUCACACUCGGUCACCGGCACGGUGGAGACGUCUGAGAUCUCGGGACUGGUAGGCGUAGAGGUUCCGACAUCUGAUGAUGGGAUCGCAGAGGGCAAUCUGAGGGGCCUCGAUCCUGAAGCACGAGGAGAUACCUGA